GGUCCUGAUCAGCAGCGUGGACAGAAAGCCGUAGCAGCCCGGUCACACACAAAGGAGAGAGGAGAUGGCUCGUGUUCCUCUGCUAGCAGCACUUGUGGUGGCAAUGGCGGUGUUGGUGGCCAGCUCGCUUGGACCUAGGGCUUCUGCGGCCGAGCCACCGGUGGCGCCCGGCCUGUCGUUCGACUUCUACUGGCAGACGUGCCCGCGGGCGGAGUCCAUCGUGCGCGAGUUCGUCCAGGAGGCCGUGCGCAAGGACAUCGGCCUCGCCGCGGGCCUCCUUCGACUCCACUUCCACGACUGCUUCGUGCAGGGCUGCGACGCCUCCGUGCUGCUCGACGGCUCGGCCACGGGGCCGGGGGAGCAGCAGGCGCCGCCCAACCUCACGCUCCGCCCCUCCGCCUUCAAGGCCGUCAACGACAUCCGGGACCGGCUGGAGCGCGAGUGCCGCGGCGCCGUCGUCUCCUGCUCCGACAUCCUGGCCCUCGCCGCCCGUGACUCCGUGGUCGUCUCUGGCGGGCCUGACUACCGCGUGCCCCUCGGCCGCCGCGACAGCCGCAGCUUCGCUUCGACGCAGGACGUCCUGUCCGACCUGCCGGGGCCCUCCUCGAACGUGCAGUCCCUCCUCGCCCUGCUCGGCCGCCUCGGCCUCGACGCCACCGACCUCGUGACGAUCUCCGGCGGCCACACCAUCGGGCUGGCGCACUGCAGCUCCUUCGAGGACAGACUCUUCCCGCGCCCCGACCCCACCAUAAGCCCCACCUUCCUCUCGAGGCUGAAGAGGACGUGCCCGGCCAAGGGCACCGACCGCCGCACCGUGCUGGACGUGCGCACACCCAACGUGUUCGACAACAAGUACUACAUAGACCUGGUGAACCGGGAGGGGCUCUUCGUCUCCGACCAGGACCUCUUCACCAACGCCAUCACCCGGCCAAUAGUCGAGCGCUUUGCGCAGAGCCAGCAGGACUUCUUCGAGCAGUUCGGCGUGUCCAUUGGUAAGAUGGGGCAGAUGAGGGUCCGCACCAGCGACCAGGGCGAGGUCCGCCGGAACUGCUCCGUCCGCAACCCUGGCCCCGGCGCCGACGCGCUCCAGUUGCCGUCCCUUGUGCAGACCAUUGUCGACGAAGCCGCAGGAAGCAUUGGCUAGCUUCUACAGUAGCAUCUAGAUCAGUGGACUAGUAGCUGUUAAUCAUGUCGAAUUAAUAAAAGGUGAAGAAACUGGAUAUCA